AUGACUCCAUCCACAAAUCAAGCCCCAGAUGCCAACAUCUCCACUUUGGACUCUCUCAAAUACUGGAACUCGAUAUCUACGACUGUCGACGGGAUGCUCGGUGGCUACCCGGAAAUAUCACGAACAGAUCUCAAAGGAUCUGCCAAUUUCCUCGCCAAGCUACGCCGUGAGCAAACUUCCCGGUCUGCGGACGGCCCACUCCGAAGAGGCGUUGAUUGCGGCGCUGGAAUUGGCAGAAUCACUGCUGGUUUCCUAAGCACCGUUUGUGAAGUUGUCGAUGUCGUUGAACCGGUGGAGAAGUUCGCCCGGGAAGUCAAAGGCCAGAAGAUGAUUGGCAGCGGUUCCCUAGGUAGUGUCUACGUGGCUGGGCUGGAAGAUUGGGUGCCUGAAGCGCAGUAUGAUCUCAUUUGGAACCAAUGGUGCCUAGGACAUCUGACAGAUAAGCAGCUGGUGGCUUAUCUCGAAAGAUGCAAGAAUGCCGUGACAAUAGAUGGAUGGAUCAUUGUCAAAGAGAACAUGAGCACGAACGUUGACGGAGAAGACUUCUUUGACCAACAGGACAGCAGUGUUACGCGGACGGAUCAGAAAUUCAAACAGCUAUUCAAGGAAGCAGAUAUGAGACUUAUCAGGACGGAAGUCCAGAGAGGGUUUCCGAAGGGGCUGUACCCUGUUAGGUUUUAUGCUCUCAAACGCUGA